AUGGACACACAGGGGACGAAGAGGAGACCGUAUCGGAGAUGGCAUGUAGUUUGCCGUUUUGCGUUGUUCACUUGUUUGUUGGAGGCAGUCCGGGGACAGAUUCGCUACUCCAUCCCAGAGGAACUGGAGCAUGGAGCUUUUGUUGGCAAUAUUGCAGAGGACUUGGGCUUGGAUUUGGACAAGCUCUCUGCGCGCAGAUUCCGAAUAGUCUCAGGUGCCAAGAAGCAAUACGUGGAAGUAAAUUUAGAAAACGGAGUUUUAUUUGUCAAUGAAAGAAUUGAUCGCGAAGAACUGUGCGAGCAGAGUUUGUCCUGUUCUUUCCACCUCCAAGUAGUCAUAGAAAACCCUCUGGAGCUUUACAGGGUAGAGAUGGAAAUCUUGGACGUGAAUGAUAACUCUCCUAGUUUCCCGUGGACCGAAUUUAACCUGGACAUAUCGGAGUCUGCUGCGCCCGGAUCCCGUUUCCCACUUGAGAGCGCGCAGGACUUAGACGUCGGCUCCAACUCGCUCCGCACCUAUUUGCUGAGUGUAAAUGAGCAUUUCCUUUUGGACAUACAGACGCGCAGCGACGGCAGUAAAUUUGCAGAACUAGUGCUACAAAAGCCACUGGACAGAGAGCAGCAAAGUGCGCAUCAAAUGGUCCUAACGGCUGUGGACGGAGGCGCGCCGGAGAGAUCCGGCACUGCGCAAAUUGAUAUCACCGUUUUGGACGCAAACGAUAACGCGCCUGUGUUUGAUCAGUCGUUUUACAGAGUGAGACUGGCUGAAAACGCACCCAAAGGCACAGUUGUUAUAAAACUCAACGCGUCCGAUUUAGAUGAGGGUCCCAAUGCUGACAUCACCUAUUCUUUCAGUGGCCACGCUCCCAUCAAAGUGCGCCAGCUUUUCAGCGUGGACUCCCGCACGGGGGAAAUCAAAGUCAAAGGACUGAUAGACUAUGAAAAGGCCAGGAUGCAUGAAAUUUAUGUUCAGGCGAAAGAUAAAGGGCCUUCCGCUGUAGCGGUUCACUGUAAAGUACUGGUGAACGUUUUGGAUAAAAAUGACAACCUUCCAGAGGUGAUCUUGACAUCAGUGUCCACACCUGUGCAGGAGGACGCGCCCCCGGGGACGGUGAUAGCCGUCAUCAGUGUAAUGGACAAAGACUCGGGUGAAAACGGGAAUGUGGACUGUGAGAUUCCCCAUCAGGUUCCAUUUCAGCUCCACUCGUCCUUCAAGAACUACUACACAUUGGUAACUUGUGAUUUUCUGGACAGGGAGACAGUCGCGGAGUAUAACAUCACACUUACCGCCCGGGAUAUGGGCUCCCCGCCCUUAUUCACUCGGAAAACUAUAUUAGUCCAAGUGUCGGAUGUGAAUGAUAACGCGCCUCACUUCAAACAGCCCUCCUAUACCGUGUAUUUGACCGAGAACAACGCGCCGGGAGCAUCCAUUUGCUCGGUCACUGCACUGGAUCCGGAUUCGGGUCAAAAUGCGUACCUCUCGUAUUCUAUACUGGAAGGCGAUAUACAGGGGAUGCCGGUGUCAACAUACGUGUCCAUAAACUCAGACAACGGGAACAUUUACGCACUCCGGUCCUUUGACCACGAACAACUUAAAAACUUUCAGAUCACCGUUCAAGCUCAAGACGCCGGCUUCCCGCCUCUGAACAACAACGUCUCGGUGAAUAUCUUCAUUUUGGAUCAAAACGACAAUGCACCUCUGAUUGUGUCGCCAGUUCCGCAGAACGGCACGGCGCCCAGCGAAGCCGUGCCCAGAUCGGUUGACUCCGGUUACCUUGUCACCAAAAUCAGCGCGGUGGACGCAGACGCAGGUCAAAACUCGCGUCUUUUUUACCAGAUGCUCCAGGCAACAGACCCGAGCCUGUUCAGCAUUGCUCUGUACACGGGCGAAAUCAGGACCAUACGCCAGUUGAUGGAGAAAGACCCCGCGAGGCACAGGCUGGUCAUUCUGGUGAAGGACAAUGGUCAGCCGCCGCUCUCGGCCACAGUUUCCAUCAUUCUGUCAGUAGUUGACAGCCUGCCAGAUUCGCAGCCCGAUUUGGGUGACCUGUCACUAAGCCCACAUCACAGCUCCAACUUCACCCUGUACUUAAUCGUCUCCCUGGGCGCAAUCUCCUUCACAUUCCUGGUGGCUAUUAUUGUCCUGGUGGCAGUGCGGAGACUGAAGGGCAGAGCGUCCGACAGGGAGUCCCGCGUCCCCUCCAUCGGCGGGCGUUGCUGCUGCUGCUCUCGCUCGGAAACGUCCGCCACCGCCGAGGUCUUCAAAAAGUCCAACCUGAACGUUCGGAUGUCCACGGGCUCGCCCGGCCGCCCGGAGGCGCACGGCAGCGGCGCCCUUCCGCCGGUCUACUGCUACAAAAUGUGCCUCACGCCGGAGUCGUCCAAAAGCGACUUCAUGUUCCUCAAGCCAUGCAGUCCGGUCAUGGCGGUCCAGCAGAAUAAUGCCAAGAGCACAGACUACCUGACUUCUGGCUGGAGCGCACUGGACCGCAACGAGCUGACCAACAACAGAGCAGCGACCCCAAACGAGCUUAAGUAUUCGAACAAGGACUGGACGUGGACCAAGAACCAACGCAACUCAGCAUACAAGAGAUAUAGUACAGCAAAUAUGGAGGGCACGCUCUCAAGUCACGAAAGAUAUGAUGCAGACGGGUUUUCCUGCUCUGUGGCCCCACAGUACUGGACCUGGGGAAACCAUAUGAAUGACUGCAAGAUGUCUCUUCAAGAGGGAACAGUUCCUAACUACUCAUGGACUCCAAAGUACACCCAGCCUCAUUCUGAACCACCAGACUACCAGCACAAUGUAUACAUUCCUGGCACCACGUCUGGCUACAGCACUCUGAAGCUGGCACCCAGAGGAGAACUGGAUGUGUACAACACCUUCUCUACUUUUGGGAAGAAAAAGAGAUUCAUCUCAAACUACGAGCAAUCUUUUGACAAUGAUGACGGUCUCAUAAGCAAUGCUAUUUUUAAAUGAUACACCAUCUAUUCUGCACAUUCUGUGUAUGAUACAUAUGCCAUUAAGUAGUGCUAAUAAUGAUAACUAUAAGUUGCUUCUUAUAGGCUGACCGACUAUACUUCUCCUUUUCCCUGUGGAAUUUAAUACUAGUCCUUCUUUCCCAGCAGCAGUGAACUCAGGGAAAUGUGAUCUGACCUAUUUGGAGGCUGCUGGUUCUCAGUAAGGUUAUGGUGAAUGUUUAACUCUAAAAAGGUUCAUGGUUCCAGCAAUUUAGAGUCUAUUACACAAAGGUUGUCCAUAUACCCAACACUUUUUGUUGUGUAGGGGCGGCUCUGCUGAGUUCACUGCUGUAGAUCAAAGCUGUGAACCAACUAACUAUGCUAGCAAUAAAAUUUACAUUUUAUAGCCUUCAAAGUAGGGGUUUCCAUCUAGAGCUGAUGUAUUUAAGAUAUGUAUUUAAAAGAAACUGAAAAAAAAACAGCAACACUCAACAACAAAGAACCUUUCUGAGACAUUGUUAUUCACAAGUAGAUCUGUCUUAUCAGUUAAUUUUCUGUCCUCCAAGUGGUGAAUUUAGUGGUAGGUCAUUUGUGCACAUGUUUAAAAAAUCUGAAUUUAAUCCAGGCACAAUACACAAAGAGUGCAAAGGAAUGGAGAGGUAGAACAGCAAUGGCAUCAAGUACUGUAGCACACAUUUGUUUAAAACAGAGGAGACACACAACAACAAAAUUUUCUGGUUUAAAAAAACAUCUGACAAUAAAUUAAGAAGUGUAACCAUGCAACCUGUACAUCUUGGUUCCUUUGGGGAGUGUGAUAGGAAAUAGGAUCACAGCUGUGAUUUGACUGCUUUGGCUUGUGCAGUAGCCCAUCGCACUGACACAUCAGACGGAACUGCUGAUGACAUUUAGAGGGGCAAUAACACGAGUGAAAUGAUGCCGCCCCUGUAAUGUCACUGCAAACAACACACACCUCUUGGCCCAUCCGAUUGUUUGAUCACCAGCAACUGCUGUGCAAAGGGACAUAUAUCAAUCACUGGUUAUACACAUUUCAGAUUUUUAUUUAUCAUUCGUUGUGACUUGUGUUCUACAGAUGACUACAAAGUUAAUCUACUAAUCACUCUGUAUAUAGUCUAUUAAUAGUUAUAAUAUCAAUA